AUGCAACGGAAUAGUUGGUUUUGGACAGAGGGACGUAGUGUGCACUGGCACAUGCAAUUCUACUGGGCUUCGUGUACGAAGCCAACGAGCAUUAGCUUGAAAAAGGCUCGAGAUGACCCUAAGCUUGAUGCUACUCAACUCGAGAAGAAUGGAACCUUGCAUCACCGUUGCAAGCAUUGCCCAUUUUCAUGGGCAUUGGAUGUGGAUGUUGGCAGCGCCAGCCGCUAUGAUAGCAACGGCCACAGGUGCUACAAAUCUAAGGCUGACACAGGGGUAGGGGUAAGAGGCGGGGAUGGCGCCUUUCUUCCUCACUUCCAUCAACAACUAGUCCGCACAUAA